CUGAGCAUGUGCAGAGUGCUGAGUGGCACUGAUAAUGACUGAACAGUGUAGAACAGGUAUACCUGUAUCCAGAGCGCUCAGGUGAUAUAUGAUCUGUCUCUGCAGUUUUAAAGAACGGUUCAAAUCAAGUCUUUUCAGGAGAGACAUAUACACUGUAAAACGCAGUAUAUAGUGAAACAGGAACUUCAGUGUCACCACAUUCUCGAUGAUACCAGAUUAAAGCACGUUUAACAUUCUGCAACACAUUCGGCAUCCAAGAGUAAGAAAGCAUCGUUAUCCCAGAGCUCUAAAAACCCGGGGCACCUCGUAGAUAAUCCGCCAGAGCCGUUUACCACGAGUGGUCAGCAAUGACCAAAUCAUAAAGAUUGCAGCGGUGAGUCAGAGACUUGGAAUAUGUAACGAAACAUAGAGAUGCAUGGACCGCUGAAUUAAAAGUGCAAAAGUGAGGAGGCGGCGUGCAUAAAGCACACAUGAUGUGUGCUGAAAAGGUGUUCUUUGAAUGCCAACAUAACAUUUGUUCAAUAAAUCAGAAACACCCGAUGGAAAACAAGCAUCAGAUCCAAUCCAAGGCAAGGUCCCCAGCACAAACUCAGAAUGUUGUAUUUAGUCAUUCAAGAACUAAAUGCGUAAUUGUAGAGGCUUUAACCAGCUUUUUUUUUUUUUUUUUACAGUAGUAACUGUAAAAGCUUCCCCUCACACCUUUGGCCACACCCUUUUUUAUACCAAGAGUCAUUGGAGCCUUUAAAAAAUAAUCUGAGUUUAGAUUAGAAAAAAACCCCUCAAGAAUCCAGCAGGGUGGACUGGAAAGAAGUGAAAGCAGCUCACUGAUGUUAUAUAAGCAUGUCAGUCCGUGUUAUCUGGUGCUUAUAAAGCAGUGGUAGUUUAUUGUUAUUAUCUCCUCCUGCCGCAGUCUGACAUUCAUGUGGAAUAAAUAUGUUGCCGUGGAUUUAAAACCGCAUUCAGAUGAUGCCCGAUCUUUACUUCAUACCAGCCUGCUGUUCAUCCACCAUCCGCUCCCAUAAUCCCCUUCUGCUGCUGCUCCCAGAGGAUCACUGUGUGUGUGUGUGUGGAUCAGAGGUUGGCACAUCCUGUCAGUAGAAGGUCAAACGUUUGAUCCCUGAACCAGCCAGUCGUGCCACAGUGCCUCAGACCAGGAGUUUCGGGAUGAAAAUUGCGCAACAGAAAGAAGAAGCAAGCAUACAGAAACCAGCUGUGAGCGUGAUGAAAUCGGUGACUAAAUGCACAUAAAUCCAAAUUUUCCCGUCUGACAGCAACAUGAUGAUCAUGUGACAUAGCUCGAGUUACACGGCAUUUAUGACUCAUAGUGUAGUCACGUUGUUUUCAUUUUUAACCCCGAACACCUGAUAAGUUACAAGGCUGUGUACACAAGGUGUGGACACACCGAUGAUAAACCACAUUGCACAGCUCCUGCUGCCUGUGAGGAGAGGUGUAGAGGCAUCAUAGACCCGAAAACCAUUGAUCAUAACUGGAUUAUUUAAAGAGCUUCUUCUCAUAUUUGUUAAAUUGUUGUUUACUGUUCACACAGUUCCGUGAACAAAAGGCUUUCGAGCUUUAACUGCUUUUGUUAUAAAAGUCCUGCCCCCGUACUGCAUUUUGACGAACGUGUGCUUUUGGUCAGGAAAUGACUUUCUUUAAAAAAAAAAAAAAAGGAAGGAAGAAAGAAAGAAAGAAAGGAAUCACGCAAGGCAACAAGCGGGGGAUGCCUCCAAAUCAAUGCAGUUACUUAACUUGCAUAAAUAAGUUUAAGCUCCCGUCUUCUCCGGCUUUCAUUCGCAGCUCUGAGGGCAAAUGACUGGAGCCUUGUUUGGCACUAAAUUAAAUGUAAAUAUUGUACCCAGAUUCUUUUUAUUGAAUCAAGAAGCACUUCUGAGUCAAACUGCAGGACUUCCAAAGAUUUACAGCACCCAGCAAAUUCACGCUGAACAUAUCCAGGUGGUGUCGGGAGGCAGAAAGAACCUGGCAACCUCUGAUUGUUGCAUUUCAAAAGGGAGGAUGUGUGUCUGCGUGCGCAGUAAUCUGGAUCAAACAAUGGUAGUGAAUGGAGUCAUUAGAGUAAUCCCCAUUGUGUUGGAAGGCAGGGGGACCACACACACACACACACACACACACACACACACACACACACACACACACACACACACACACACACACACACACUGGACUGUCCAGAAAGCUCACGUCAACCAUGCACAUCCUACCCAUCUGAGAUCUGAAAACAUCAAAGGAGCUUUUGAUUUUCUGUGUUUGUGUGUGAUGUUUAAUUCAGGCCUGCUCUGGUAUGCGUGAACCUGAAGAGCUGGACAUUCAGGUUACUGCAUUUUGUGUAGGAAAUACGCCCAGGUACAGCGGUGCGCACCUGCACGGAAACUUUUGCGAACUGGUUUCCAGUUUGGCCGCUGGCCAUCAGCUCCAUGCUGCCAUUUUUGUGGUUUGUAAUUGGUCUGAUGGACUUCGUGUGUAAUUACACAACACAUUACCGCAAUUAAAAAUGAUACCAGGGAUAAUUGUGCCUUUUAUGUAACACAAAGGACUUUAUGUUUCUGUCACAGUCACACAGCUUCUCUUUAGAUGGAUCUCUUUAAGAAAACCAGUUCAGUAAUGACUUCACUGAAAUACUGUGCAGCAGCAGAGGGACACCAGCGUAUCGCACAGGGCUAGAAAUCAUUUAAGUUUAUACACACUUAUAGUUUUGCAUAUACAGUGUUAGAGGUGCCGCAGUUCAUUGAUAAGUGGCUCAAUCAGUUAGGCAGUAUCCCGUUUGUUUUUUGUAAUCGUUUAACUUCAGGCUACUGUGAUGACGUUUCAAAAAUUUGACUGAACAAAGGUAUUCAAGUCUGCUGUCACCUGGGGCUAUCUUCACGCUCGGCUGCGUCUGCCAGUAGUUUACAAAUAAUUUGUGUUAAAUUAUCAAGAUUAAAAUGUUCAGGAUUAUGAUUGUUGUGUUGAUCGACAGUCAAGUGUUGGACAUAUUAGCAGUGCAACACAAGUCCAAAUACUGUGGUGUAAAAAAGUCAGUCUUAAUUCUUUGUGUGACCUGCAGAAAAGUGGAAUCAAAGAAGCAGGGAUGAGGAGUCAUGAUCAGACUCCUCAUGCCCUUUUUUCCUAGAUGCUACAUUUCAAUCGCAGCUGAAAAGGGUGGAUUUUGAAUCCGUGUGUGAAAAGUGGCGUGUUAAGGAAUAAUCGUGGAACAAUGACAACAGAGAUGCAAGAAUGUUGUGUUCUUUAAGGUUUUCGUGACAUUUCGUCAUUCAUUCCUUGAUGCGUCUGCAGUCAGUGGGACAUGUGUAGAGGUACCAGGGCUGUUUGUUAUGGAGAUACAUGCAGUAUGAUGUGGAAGGACAGGCAGAGAGGCAGGAUGGUUGGAAAAUGCCAUUCUUUAGAUACGCCCACUCGUGCAGCGGGAGCUCAUCCCUGCAGAUGCACCAGGGAGCACAGACAAGCUGAACAGCUCAAGUCACAGGAUCUUUAAAGUUUAACCGGCUCUGCAGAACAGCGCUAAGAGCGGUGUUUUCUGGCAGAGACAUGGCAGCGCCGAGGUGUGAAGCUUUGUUCUUUUUAGCUGCCUUCCUGCUGGUGUCUUGCAGCGCCUCGCCCAGUGACAUCCUCUAUCAGGUUUUUGAGGAACGACCGCCCAACACGAUGAUUGGCAGCCUGGCGACAGACCAGGGCCUGCCCAAUGCCGGUCAUCUCUAUAAGCUGGAGGUGGGUGCGCCGUACCUGAGGGUCGACGGCUCGACCGGUGACAUCUACACCACCGAGAUCCCCAUCGAUCGUGAGACGCUGAGAGACUGCCGCAACCUGUUCGAGGGCGACAAAUGCUACCUGGAGUUUGAGGUGUCGAUCACUGACAUGGUGAAGGGUAUCGGCAAUGGGCCGCGGCUCAUUGAAGGUCGCAUCGAGGUCCUGGACAUAAAUGACAACACUCCACAGUUCUCCUCGCCUAUCCUGACUCUGUCCAUUCCCGAGAACACGCACAUCGGCGCCCUCUUCUCCAUCCCCAUGGCCACUGACAGAGACUCGGGGAGCAACGGCGUGGCAGAUUACUCUCUGAGCAGUAGCACCGGAUUAGGCGCUGACCAGCUCUUCAGCCUGCAGGUCGCCGUGGACGCAGAGGAGAAGCUGCCGCAGCUGGUCGUGAUGGGCAACUUAGAUCGUGAGAUAAAGGACUCGUAUGACCUGAACAUUAGGGUACAGGAUGGCGGGAAGCCUUCGAGGGCCAGCAGCGCUCUGCUGAGAGUUACGGUGACCGACCAGAACGACUGCACUCCGAAGUUUGAGAAAAGUCACUACGAAGCUGACCUACCAGAAAACAGUCCACCGGGACACUCUGUACUGCAGGUCAAAGCCAACGACGCAGACACUGGCCUCAAUGGAGAGAUAGACUACAGCCUCCAUCAAGCAUCAGAAUCUGUCCAAAGGCUUCUGCGCAUUGACCGCGCAACAGGCAUCGUCUACGUCAAAGGUCUUGUGGACAGAGAAGAAGAAAACUUUCUCAAGUUCUUUGUGGUGGCAAGAGAUCGUGGACCCAAUUCCAAGAGUUCCAAGGUCCUUGUGACCGUACACGUCAAGGACCAAAAUGACAAUGCACCAGCCAUUGAGAUCCGUGGUAUUGGCUUGGUAACACAUCAUGAUGGUGUGGCCAACAUUUCUGAGGACAUGCCUAUUGGUACACCAGUGGCACUGGUCCAGGUGUCAGACCGUGAUGAGGGGGAAAAUGCUGUGGUGACAUGUGUUGUUGCUGGUGAUGUUCCAUUUCAGCUUCGUCCUGCAAGUGAGUCAGCCAACGAUCGGAAGAGAAAAUACUUCCUGCAGACAACAACCCUGCUGGAUUAUGAGCGUAUUAAGGAUUACAGGAUUGAAAUAGUCGCUGUGGAUUCUGGAAACCCAGCUUUGUCCAGCACUAACGCUCUCAAAGUCCAGGUUACAGAUAUUAAUGAUAAUGCACCAAACUUUUCUCCUUCAACUGUUGAGGUAGACUUUGCAGAAGGCAACCAGCCAGGAGACAAAGUUCUAGACAUUGUGGCGACAGAUGCAGACAGCGGCACAAACGCAGAGUUGUUCUAUACCAUCACUGAUUCAACAGCCAAAAGGCUCUUUAAAAUUAAUUCCAGCACUGGAGAAGUUCGUGUGAAUCACUCAUUGGAUCGGGAAGAAAAAGAGCGUUAUGAAUUCCGUGUAACUGCAGCAGACAAGGGUGUGCCUAGUAAAACCGGCACUGCCACGGUGGUGGUAAAUGUUCUAGAUUGCAAUGACAAUGACCCAAAGUUUACACUGAAUGGCUAUAGCUUCUCUGUCAUAGAGAACAUGCCUCCACUCAAUCCUGUUGGUGUAGUGACAGUCAAUGAUGCAGAUAAGGAUGAGAAUUCCCAAGUCAGGCUGUUUGUGGAACAGGACAAUGGCAUGUUUGUCAUCCAGAAUGGCACAGGAACCAUCCUGUCAAGCAUCUCCUUCGACCGUGAAAAGAAGAGCACCUACACAUUUCAACUAAAGGCUGUGGAUGGUGGUAACCCGCCUCGAUCCUCCUAUGUGGGUGUGACCAUCAAUGUGUUGGAUGAAAAUGAUAAUGCCCCAUAUGUUACCAGGCCGUCUAACUCGUCCUUUGUACACCUACCGGUUGGGACACGACCAAACACACACGUGGAGGUGGUAAAAGCUGAGGACAUUGAUGCUGGACUCAAUGCUGAGCUAGAGUAUACCAUCAUAGGUGGAAAUCCAUAUGAUCUGUUCCAAAUAUCUACCAAUGAUGGGGAAAUCACAGCAGCACAAGAAUUAACCCCGAAGUACAAUGGGCUACAUCGGCUGGUAGUGAAGGUUGUUGAUAAGGGAAAACCUCCUCGUAACACCAUUGCACUAGUUCAUGUUUUUGUAAAUGAAACAAAAUCAAAUGUCUCCCUCAUUGAAGCGCUGGUUGGACACAGCCUCUACACCCCUUUGGACAGGGACAUUGCCGGAGAUCCCAACUAUGCCUAUUCUCAGCAAAGCAAUAUUCUGUACGGCAGUCUUGCCGGUUUUGCUGUUGUCAUUUUAGUUAUAGUUGCCGUGGUCCUCAUCAGACGCUGGGUACAGAAGGAUACCAAGAGUGGUUACCAGGCUGGCAAGAAGGAGAGUAAGGACCUGUAUGCCCCAAAGCAGGGCCCUAAAAAUGGCAAAGGGAAAAAGAGCAAAAAGGGGAAGGCUCCAAAACCAGCUAAGACAGGAGAAGAUGAUGAGGACGCCAGUCUACAAAAAGGCCUCAAAUUCAACUUAAUCAAUGAGAAUGUCAAUGACAGUCCCAGAAUCCACCUGCCCCUUAACUAUCCACCAGGGAGCCCUGAUCUGGGGCGCCACUACCGCUCCAACUCCCCACUACCAUCCAUCCAGCUGCAGCCACAGUCACCGUCUGCCUCCAAGAAGCACCAGGCUGUUCAGGACCUCCCUGCCACCAACACCUUCGUGGGGACGGGCGACAACAACUCUACUGGCUCCGACCAAUAUUCGGAUUACAGCUACAAGGCCAACCCACCCAAAUACAGCAACAAACAGCUGCCCCACCGUCGAGUGACCUUCUCUACGGCCAAUCAGGCGCAGGAUCUGCAGGACGCAUCCCAGCACAGCUAUUACGACAGCGGCUUGGAGGAGUCGGAGACCCCCAGCUCCAAGUCAUCAUCGGGGCCGCGGAUCGGGCCUCUGGCUCUGCCGGAGGACCACUACGAGCGGACCACACCUGACGGCAGCAUUGGCGAGAUGGAGCACCCGGAGAACGAUCUCAGGCCUCUUCCCGACGUGGCAAUGACCGGUAAAUGCACCCGGGAGUGCACCGAGUUUGGCCACUCUGACUCCUGCUGGAUGCCCGGCCAGCCUUCUCCCAACCGCAAGGUAUCCAAGAAUGCCCCCAAGCUCUCCACCUUCGUGCCUUACCAAGAGAUGGACGGGCAGGAGCAGCUGAUGGCCAACGGCAGCCCCAAGCCCCUGCCGAUGGAGGAGCGUGGACCAGGUGGUGGCGGUGGUGGCAGCAGCUCCAAAGUGGCCAACAUGCGUUUCAUGACACCCUACAGCAGUGCCUACCCCAGUGGCGGAGAUUCAUCCAGUAAAGACUGUGGCAUGGAGGAGAUCCCGCUGAGCCAGGCGGUGGAGUACCACUCAGCUACCACUCCAACCGGCCAAACCUCCAAGAGGGAGAUCUACCUGUGAGGGCACAGCUCUCCACCUUAAAACCCACACUCAUCGCCCAGCGCUCCCCAUCGCCCAGCUGCUCGCCACCACCUGUCGCACCCCCUCACAGCUGCCCCCUGUGCCUAUAACUUGCUGUGCCACAGCACCUACUCCCCCUUUUACCUUUUUUAUAAAUGCAUCUACCUACAAGGCUUUAGCCCCCUCCACCUCUACCCACAGACAUCCCCACCCCCUGCAAAAACCAAUCACAUGUAAAAUAGAAGAAAUUCAAAAUCAAUUAAUGAAAAUGCGGCUUGAGCUGCUUUGGAAGGAAUGUAAACUACACCACAUUGUUGUGAUAAUUUAAAUGGGAAACUAUUUAGCUACUCACAUUUUUCAGCUGGAUUUUUUGUGUUGCUUUAGCUUUGUUGCUGUGUGGGACCGGAAAACGGAAAAAAACAAAAAACAAACCUUCCGGGGGGUGAAGGGAAAUAACUUCUUGUAAAUCCUACUUAAGUAUACUGUGUAUUGCUAUCUAUCCUCAUUUUCUUUUUUUGGAUUUACUUUUCUUUCUAGUUUUUCUCUGUCACCUUCGAAGACACAGGGAAAUAUUAUGUUUUUAAGCCAAGUUGCAUCAAAUCAACUGGCUUAUUUUUGUCAGGAGCAGCUCAUCGUUAACGUGAGACAUUUGUAGAAAGACAGCUGUUUUCCAAUCUUGAGAUAUUUAGGGUUUCUUUUCUUUAUUUUGCUGUGGAGAAGUCUUUUUUUCAUUGUACAGGCUGUAAAUAUUACAAACAGUGACAGUGGAAACUGCUGUGGCAGAGCGGAUCCGUGGCCGUUAAUCUUUCUGCAGCUCUUCAUGUAACACUGGACUGAAAAUGGUUGCAUGUAGAGAGAAAUGAUGCCGUGGCAUUCGCCGUCACACUGCAGGAACCUGGACUCUUGAGCAUCACCAACGGUGCCGAGUUACAAACACAAGACUUUUUAAUCAUUUUUCCUCUGCUGUCCAACACUGGAACACGGUGGAAUUUACGUUAACGAGGAAGCAGAAACAUUAGAGGCGCACCGAUACAACUUCAUACAGAACUGAAGGAAACCUAAGUGCUUCUUUCAGAGUCUCAGAAUCUAAGAAGCGAUUAUAUUAUUCAUGCUGUUGUCAGUAGUAUACCAUAAUAUGAUAAACUUAAACAUGAAUGUUACAGAAGGGUAUCCAAAAAUAGUCAAAUGACGGUUUUCUUGCAUCAAACUGAUCAUUUUUCUUUCUGGCAUCGAAUUAUCUUCGAUGCCAUGAUACAGUCACAUGUGAGAGACCUAAAAGUUUAAAGUGCUCAGCUUAAGGCAGCAUUGUUCAUCGUAAAGAAGAAAUGAUUACUCUGUUUAUUGUGCAGUUUCUGAUAACGGAUUGAUUACGAGCAUUUGCAUUAAUGAAGCCGAAAAGGUUAAAAAAAUUUUAAAAAAGCUUUUCAAAUUAGUUAGAGUUUCGGCUUCUCCAGUCUGAAGACUUCCUGCUUUUCUGUAUAUCAUUCUGAACUUAAGUGAGUAGCUUUUAGUUUGUCCAGUGGCUCCAGAUCUCACAGAUCUUUUGAGAUUAAAAUUUAUAAUCCAGUUGAUCCAAAUAAACAACUCAAUAAAGUGUUAAUGGAGAAUCGUCAUAGCUGUAGCUCUAGUCCGUGACAGCCUGUAAGCUUUUAUUUCAGACUCAAUAAAAAGUUUGUCUUGUGACAUCACAGGAAAGGUUUAGAAGGAAUUCAAAUACCAGGGUUCACACUCCAGGGAGCAGAACAUGACCUGUGCAUUGCAAUCUGUUGGAUCUCAACAUUUCUGAUGUUUGCAUCAUCCCCAAAGAACAUGAAUGUUCAGGCAUUAUUUCAUAAAAAUCUUCUUGUAGUUGUGAAUCAAACCAUAAUCAUCCUUGAGAUUCAUCCUCGGAAGACCAUGAAUAUCCACAGGGAGUGUAAUAUUGCUCUGUUUGCUACCACUUUAGGGUGCAGUAAUGGGUGAAUGAGGCUUGUAGUAUAAAGUGCUUUGAGUGCUCAAGGAGAGUAGAAAAGCACUUAAUAAGUAUGAGGCCAUUUACCAUUUUAAAGCGUGCAGGAAGCAUUACUGAUUUUAUUUGCUUCUUCAGAAGUGAUCAUCAUCAGCAUCACAUCCAUGUCGUACUUCUUACCACUGCUAGCUUGGAAGGCCACAACGUCGGGAGCUCACUUUUUGAAAGUAUUUGAAUAUAAUCUAAGAUUAAUGAUUUCCAAAAUCUUCACUUAAUCUUUCAAAGCUUAGCAGAGAGCGGAGAUGUUGUUCGCGAUGCCUAUUUUGUUUUUGGAGGCAGUCCCACAAGCACAAAGCAGCUGUAGGUUUCCUGAUGCUGACAGUCCACAGAGUGUUAUGGCUCCUUUAUCCUUUACAGCUGUGGUGGGCUUCAGUGUGCUUGUGGUGACUGUGGUGAAUGUUUCCCUGCUGUUUUUCGAGCUUGAAGGAAGAGCUCUCCAGUCUUUGUCGCCGCUCGUUAUUUCCCACCUCUUUACCUUCUCAGUGUGAGGCCGAGCCGUGCGGCGUUUAGCAGAAGUAUUUAUUAAACCUGUUAGCUGUGUGCAGCGGGGGAGGUGGCUGCCAUUUCCUGCAGUGCUGAAGUCGCAUAGGAAUGCAGGAUUAAUGACACCUGUACAGGCUCGAGUCCGCUAACACCCUCUCCGCACAGCACAGCACAGCACAGAAACUCUAAUUACAACCCGAGGCUUGGCAUAUUACCGGCAAUAAUUUGCACCAGUAAAAGUGAGCUGGUUUGGAAGUUCAUUCAUUCUGAGGCUCAUGUUAAUGGCUGCUGAGGAUAAUGUGAGAUUUCACCUGUAGUGAUGCACGCCAGCUGGGAGUGGAUGGAUGAAAGGAAAGGCACAGUGAGAGAGUGUGCUGCAAAAAAAUCUCCCGAACAAGUCAUUUAGUCUCACACUGAACUGGAAAGUCAUAAAAUAAAGCAAAAACUGUGGUGAGAUUAUUUUCAUCGGCGUCCAUCCCUACCUGGGAUUUACCUGACAGCUUCUCAGGCAACUGAUUAAAACAUUUACAUUUACUCUGAUGUAUAUUUUCAUGAAGGCUUGUAUAACUCCAACCUAGAAUCAAGGUCAGAUGUUGAGUUUUAUUGAAGAGCCAUUUCAGAACAUGCACAUAUUCACCCAUAGAACUACUUCCAGCAAAGUACAACUGAUGGCUGAAAUUAAGCAACAUAUUUUCAGAAUUUACAAGAAAGUCGUUCAAUUUUGUUCACUUUUCUCAAGGCCCUCUCUUUAAUUUUUAUUCUCUUUUAUUCAUGUCCCCAUAUAAAACUACUACCCAUAAACGCAGACAGUAAGAUAGGCAUUAACCAGUCCAUGUGUGAUUGUCAGCUGCAUCAGAAGAAUCCACAGUCUGUGAGACUCUCGGCUAAUAGAAGCAUGGCCGCCUCUGUUUGUGUCACCAGAGAGAUAAUCACAUAACACAAAAACUCUGCUUUGCAUUUAGUCUGAACACAGCAUAACAUGCACCUUUUUCUUUUUGCAUUUUUGGGCCUGGAGAAGAAAUAGUAAUGCACAUCUACUAGGUGUCCAUAAUUAGAAAUUUCAAAUUAUAAAUCCCUUUGCCUUAACAGCUUCAUCAAAUUAAGACUGUACAGAGAAUAUAACUCUUCAUGUCUUCUAAUAAUUGUUGAAAGGCGCUACAAAAUCUGGUAAUGUUGCAAAGACUGGUUAAAAUGAAAAGUGGAUGUGCAGACUCUGCAUCCAAAAAAACUGAUUUUGAUCUGUAAUCUGAAUACCAGCAGAUCUGCCUGACCCACUCGAUUCUGGAAGGAGACAGAUGUACCUUUGGGCUUCCGUCAGGAAGGGCGUUCAGCAUUAAAAAAAUCUAACAAAUGAAACGUGCGGAGCUGCUCACUGUGACGAGCCAUUGGGAAAAAGAGAACAGCUGACAGUAGCUUUAUCCACAGAUUUGUCAGUCCAUCAAUUAAAAAAGAAAAUGUUCAUUUUAAUUAAAAAAAACCUCUUCAGUUAAUCCUACACAUAUAUGGGACUUAUACAUGACAGAUAUUAAAUUCUGCUAGAAAGUGAAUCUGCCUCAUGUUGUCAUUUCCAGAACUGCUCCUUUCCAGAAAAAGGCAACAGAUUUGUGACUGUCUCACUCACACGAGCACAAAAGUCUUGAUGAGCCUAAAUGACUAGUCAUUAAUGUUUUACAGCAUGUGACAUGAACAUCCUUUUCUCACAAUCAAAGAGGGAACAUCAAAGCGAUGCCAACAAGCUGAGCUGCCAGCGAAGAAAACACGGCAAAUUGGGGCUAUCGGAAGGGUCACGCAGAGGUCGUGUUAUUGUUCUAUUAGGCAAACAGUCGCCUUCACCAAGAGUUUCACAGUGAUUCAUGGCGCUGCCUUUUUGCUGUUGUUUUUGAUGCAUAAUUGCUUCUUAUUUUAGCAUUUAGCAUUUGGUGUAUUGAAGCUCUCCGUGUGGGCUGUGUAUGGUUCAAAGCGAGGUUUCUCCGUUGCCUCGACAAUAUUUGAUUUUUGAUUGAUGCAUCUCCCUCUUAAGAACCUGCACACACGGUCAUUGUGUUCUGCAUAUAAGUCAGCCAUCAUUCAGCCACCAUUCAGUCCCCACUGUGACACAGAUUUAGAGUUCAUAGGCCCCAGCGCCGCUCCUCGCCUUCCCCGUUCUUCCUCGGGUGAUUUAAAGCUCAGAGUUCGGAUUGAUUAUUUACAGGCCAACCUUAGAGGCCCAUGUUGACUUUCCUCCUUCCUUUUCCCCUUGCCACGCUUCAAAUUCAGCGUGAGUGAGUAAUUAUAUUAUUUUCUGUGAUGCUUACCCACAGCCUGGAUGGGCGAUAAACUCCCAAGUGCCCGACGUCUUAUGCUGUGCACGGCAAAGAUAGGGGAGAGGGGGAGAGGUCAUAUAGCAUCGGUAUGACCUCAGCUCUUUCGCAGCAAUUAACCCCAGACAAAGAAAAAUGAACCCUGGUAAUACCUGAUGACCUUUGGUGAACUCUGCUGUCGCUGUUUGCUCUUUAGGCCUCCCGUAGUUUUGCUUGUGCAUUAAAGCAAACGCGGGUACUGCUGGCAUGUUUGCACAGUCACAUCAGGCUUAUGAUGCUUAAUACAGGCAUGAAGAAAUGUGUCAGGGCUUGAGCGUUCCUAUAUUAGAGGUCCAAAAGUACGUGGACACGUAAAUGUUCGCGUCUUAUUGUUAAACAUGUGGUUACAAUAACAACCUCUGGAGCUGAAAAAUGAAGCAAAGUGUGAACUGUCAGAACUCCCAUGUUUACUGCAGCCUUGUGGACAACGUCCUCCAGUUCUAGGGUGAAUUAUAAUUACUAUUAUUAUCAUCAUUAUUUUAAUAUUAUUAUCAUUUUAAAUUCAUAUGGGUGUGUGGCCACUUUGAUUGACCAAAUUAGCCAUUCAGUACCGGCUUGUCCUCACCUUUGUUAAUCUGAGUCGCUAAACUGGACUUCUCAAUUGUAGUUGUGCUGUCGGUGUACUUUGAGCAUUUCUAAUGUGCUUACUGGACAAAUGAAAUAGCUUACAUUGCGAUACAGCCCAUACAAGAAGACUUUGCUUCCACUGUGAUGUAUGAAUUUCAGUAUUUCAUUUGUAUCUCAGCAGAUGAGUGGGUCUGUGUGUUGAGGUGGAGUGCUAAGUAAUCAGCUUACUAUGAUGCUUCAAAAUGUGGAGCCCACAGCCAAUGGGAGAGGUCAUGGUGGCUACAUCCAUCCAUAUACAGUCGAUUACAUCAUCAUGGGUACCAGCAGAUUUUGGAACCCAGUAACAGAAAUUUGCAGUUGUUUGGUAACAAAGCCUGUCAUGUGGUCCAGCUUAUCCCAAAGGUGUGAGCUGUGGUUGCGGUCAGGCUCAGGUUACGGCAGAGUGGGAAAACCAUUUUGAGAAAAUCUUUCUUCUUAUGUUCUUUUUUCAAGUAAAGCACAGAGUCAAACUAUGAAGUUCAAAAAAAUCUGAAAAAAAAUGUUGAUUAGUUCAGAUACAACCAGCCAUAUCAUAUACGGAACAGUCAUUUCAGACUUUUUUGCAAUGUUAGGUAAAAACCCCACGUCAAAAGGAGAACCAGCAAGAACUUGGCAACAGUCAGUGUUGGGUGGAACACAUUGCUGUAAUCACAUUACAUCUUUCAGUAAUGCAGAAAUUAAAUGUGGGUGUAUGCAGACUCCAGCCCAGCAGCCAGAGACUGAACGUCAGCAGGUAACAGAGGCAGUGAUGAGCAGUCAGGGUUACACCUCAGUUUCUACCUGUUCAUGUUUCUAAACUAGAAUCAUUGUGGCGAUGGCUUUGAAGUCUCUUUUCCAUCUUUGCUUUGUGCUGUGUUCAUAUGUAAAUACUGAAGGAUCGUAUAUCCUCAUCAGGAAUAAGGAUUUAUGUUGGUGUGUGGGACUGUAGCGUGAGGUUUACAUUAACUGGUGAUUAUGAGACAAUGUGUUUCAGAUACGCCUGCAUAGUAACAAGAAAUUAAUAAAUGAGUAGUGUAACAAAUUACUUUCUCUGGUGAGCAUACUGCAUUACUUUUAAGAAACAUGACAAGUAAUGUGUAAUGCAUUACUUUUUUUUAAGUAAAACAGGGUUCCAGUGAGGAAGGAGAAAUUCUUUUUACUAUAAAGACCCCUGAGCCAACAGAGCCAGGCUCAGGGAAAGGCAGCCAUCUGGGCCUACAGCAGCAUAACUAAGGGAGGGUUUAGGGUCACCUAAUCCAGCUUUAUUAAAAAGGGAUGAUAAUCUGAGGCUAAUAUUAAAAGUAGACACAGAUUUUUAUUUAUUUAUUUAUUUUUUGGAGGGGGGGCACGAUCUAAAACAUUGCAUGACCAUAAGUGUUUGGUGUCUCAAACAAGCACUUCCUGCUCCCUGGUGGAACACGUGAACCCCAAAAUCCACCACCACCCAUCAGCCCCUAGCAGAACACAGGUGUCUCUGCAUGCAGUGCACUCACAUCCUGCUGCUUUUAAAUAGAGGGAGCUUUCCAGUUACAGAAAAAGAGUAUAUCUGUGUUUAUUUCUGAUUCUGCCAAAGUAUAGAAUAUUAGAUAUUCCAGAAUAAAUAUAGAUGAUAAAAAUAUUCAGCUGGGCCUGAGAGAAAGAAAUAAAACAGCAAUUUAAUGUAUAAUCUUUUUAUGGAGCUUGAGUCAGCUGCAGUUCGUCCUUUCAGUCAGCAAACACAGACAUGAGGAGCUUUAUAAAAAAAUCUGAUGCGUUAUCAAAUAUAAGCAUCUCUAAGGGAAAGGAUAUUGAUCAGAAACUGUAUUUGACAUUCAUAGCUGAGUGCAACUUAAUGCAUAUGUAUCUACAGUUUUCUUUCCUUUUUCCGCCUUCAUACUUCUGUGCAGCUUUUACUAAUAAAACGCAGCAAGUUUACCUCUCAAAAUCAUUCGUGAAAACUGUUUUAGGAUUAAAACGCAGACCUUAAAUUAAAAAUGUGCUUUUUGCCAUUUCAAAAUGUUUUACCACCAAAACAAAAAAACAUUGGUUUACCCUUGAUGUAUUAUUAACAGCUAAAGUGCCCUACCAUAGUUUGCUUCUGAAACACUUUAUAGACUGAUUCAUGACUCCAACACAUAAACAUCUCCCAGGAACGGUUUAUUUUUAAAAUACACAUUGGUUUACUACUGACAGGCAUUAUUUAUGUAUGAAAUCCACAGCUGUACUUAACAGUGGAGAAAAGUUUGCUUUCCUAAAACGCAGACUGUCUCAAGUCGUCAGACUCUUAAAGCUGAACUUAUUUAUAGUCAUUGCUUAACAAUGACACGAGUCGUUGUGACAUACCUUUGACAUACACGUGUUACCAACUCUCGAGCCUUACUCAUGGGUUGUUUUGGCGCUCUCACCUGAAGCUUAAAUUCACUUUAAAGAAGCAAAAAAGAAGCAAUCUAAUCUUCCAAGGCUAAGAUAAAGAAGGAUUAUGUUGAACUCUAAAUCAUGAAAAGUCACUCAAAUUUCAACACAAAGAUCAAUGGAUAAGCAACAACCAGCUCUUAAGUGGAUGCUGUUGCUUUGUACAACAGUCCAGAGUUGUUCAUUAGAUCAGCUUUAGGAGAGUACAGUUUGAGACGCAGUCUGUAGUUCCUACUUUUAAAACAUUUUCAUGAACAGCCCUGAUCCAGCUGUGAAACUCUGGUGGUCCCUUUAUGGAUCACGUCUAUAUCUGUGAGUUCAGCUGAACGGUGGAUUUUACAGUUUGAACAAAAGGUGAAUGUUUUUGGUUUGCGAGUUACUCGGUUUUGCAAAAGGUUCACUUUGUUCUAACACACAACGGGAUUGAUUUAAUUCAGCAUUUUUCCCUCCUCGGGCUGACUCUGUCAGCGGUGUCGUGAGUCUGUCGGUAACAUAACGACUCAGUGAAUUCAUCUUUCCUCUCUCUUUCUUCUGUCCACUUAUAUUUAGACCGGAACCACUUUGUGGCUCUCGUGUAAUCAGUGUUUUUAUAUCUGGGGCGUUUGCAUUGAUAAUUGUGUUUAAGUCACAGAAAUAAACGGCAGCUUUCAAAGGGAAACAAGAGACCUCUGUUUAUUUUUGAAAUUCUUCAUAACUGCCACAUCUCUGCUUUGCCUGAUCUAUUUAAGGGUCAGUUUUACGCUCAAUGUUGACUUUUGUAAACAACUUUAAAGAGGCUGAACUAAGUGUACUUGAACCGUCAUGACUUUUACCACUUUGAGCACCAGAAGCCUGGGUCCUACAUUGAAUAUUACUGCAUCAGACUCUAAACUCAUGUUUGAGGUUUAGUUAUUAUUUUUGAUGAAAAGACCAUUUGGCCACCAUUUGAACGCCAUUGUCACCAUGCUAAUUUGAUUUGCGUGACGGUAACCGGUGGAUUCUUUGACUUGCACUUCUGGUGUGCAGAAGUCUACAGAAUAAAGGCGGGCGAUCACAUGAGAGCUGCAGACGAGUUCCACAUGAAAUCACGUGAUAGACUUUGGAGUGGCUUGCUGUUUUUUGGUUGUGUAUUAUACUGAGGCUGGAGUCUCCGCAGUCGAAGCUUCAGCUGAGCAUGAAACAAACCAACUUUAUAAAUAUUAUACAUUUUUGUUGUUGUCACAGUUGUUUUAUCAAUGUUAUGGAAUCAACACUGCUAUAGACAUACUGUAUGAAUAUAAUUGGUUGUUGCUGUUUUCUUACCAGACGCGGCAUGUAAAUGAUGAUGAUGAUAUCUGUUUUCUGAGCAGGCAGACUGGACUCUGUGUUUUCUAUUUCUUUACUCCAUCGUGACUGAAAGCCAGACCCGGCAAGCUGAAUGGAGAAUGUGAAAGUUUAGUUAUUUUGCGAUUACACAAUCAAUAAAAUUAAAUGUUGAUUUCCCAAAACAUAAAACAGUUGAUCUCGACAAUAAGACGAGAGCCACGUCUUGGUUUGCGUGAAAUGGAUCUUUGUCGACGGUGCCUGCAGACACCUUUACCAUUAUGCGAUCUCUUUGGGUGAUGCAACAAAAAAAGGGGAAGAAUACAAAAUUACAGAAUCACGUACUUAUCUCACGUAACUACGUCGAUUUUUCUGGUAAUGAUGAGCAAAGGAUGUGACAUCUGGAGAGAAACUAAAGUAAACAGAAUUUCUUGGAGCUCCUAAAGUGCUAAUCUGUGCUUUUUAUGUGUUAUUUUGUGUGCUGAAAUUAAAAGGACUUUAAGGGCUCCAUUAAAAUUCUUUGAAGAAAGGAAUUAAUCAGUUUAUAAUCACUUCUUUUGAUGUCAUUUAUUUAUCUCCCAGAGAUAUCUGAUGGUUACAAAAAGAAGAAAAAGAGAAGAAAUCGGGACCGCAAAUCAGCCAAAUCAGUGAAAAAAUAACUACAAGGUUAUCAUCAUCACACAAAGUGAUGUUAGUGGAGAUAACUAUUGUAUAAGGGGUUUUUUGUUGUUGUUGUUUUUCUUUUUUCUUUUUUUUUGAGAAAGGCAAAGUUAUUUAUUUGAGAUGUGGUUGUGAGAAUUUUUUAGGGUCCUAAAAUUAUUUUGUUGUAACCUUGGAGGUAAAAAUCCCAGAAAACAAAUUCUAAACGGUGGCAUUGGGCUUCCUUGUGUGAAGAAUGUUGUAAAGAUUCAUAUUGUUUUAGAAGAGAAGAAAACAGCAGGACAGAACCGCCGAAUCACUUUUCGUCUUUACAGGAAGUCCACGUUUGUAGCCUAAUUGUUGGUUGGUUAUAUUUAUAUAGGAAAAAUGCUAGUGAUGCCUUGUUUUUUGUACAGUUUUAUGUACAUGCAAGUGUAGGUUUUUAAAAAAAAAAAUGUCAAUAAAAAAUAUAUAUAUAUUCAAACAACAUGAAGGAAGUCUGACCUUGAACCUGUAGGAUUAUAUCGUCUCAAGUACCGUAGGCUCUAUUAAAUGUAGGAGUGAUGCGUCAGGCUCAGAGCGGAGGUUGGCAGUGCGCCUCCUCCAGUCACCCGUCUGCUUUACCGCUUUCUGUUCUCUCAUGUUCAUCUCAGCCGAGUCUUAAGACAAACUGUACAUGAAUUUUUGUUGUUUUCAGUCUUUUAAUUUUCUUGGAGGAAGUUGGGUAAUGUGUUUGUUUGAGCCUCAUCUGUUCUCUUUUGAUCAACAUUCGCAUGUUUGAAUUUGAAAAAAAAAAUGUGGUCUUUUAUUUUUGCUGAGCAAAUCAAAGAAAUGAUAUCUUGUAAUUACUCCUUCCUUAUAGCUUUACAAUAAAAUACAUCAGUC